UUUAAAUUAAUUAUAAAUACACAAACAAAAAUGAAUUGCUUAAGUAUUUCAGCUGGUAACUAGUGUGAUUCUUGCACAUAACUUUUAGCCAACUCAUUUAAAGUGAAGUCAGAUAUGGUUUCUUCGAAUUUGAAAGGGACAUUUGCUUUCUACGGAACUGUUUUAGCCGGCAAAGCUUUAGUUCUCGCUGGAUUAACAAUAGUCAAACGUUUACAGAGAAAGUCAUUUGCGGGAAGUCCACCUCAUCCUGAAGUUAGAGCUGUACAAAGAUGUCAUGUGAAUGAUAUGGAGAGUUUAGUACCUUUUCUAUUUCUUGGCUUUAUCUACUGUAAAACAAAUCCAUCGGCUAAAGUUGGAAUAUGGCUGUUUCGAGUUUUUGCAUUGGCACGCUUUCUACAUACACCAGCCUAUUUAUAUACGGAGGGAACUUUUCCCCGUGCACAAAUAUUUCUCGUCGGAUACUUUGUAAACAUUUAUUUGGCAUUAAAAUGUAUUAGUCAUUAUUCAAAAAUGUACUAGCUGCUGAAUAUAUGUAUAUAUAUGUACAUUUAUGUUUCACGUCAAGGAAACAGUUUUUUAGCGAAUGAUCUUUGUCAUAGUACAGCAAGCAACUGACAUCUAUCAUUUCUAUUCAGUUUUACUUGUCCUCGCGUGAUGCUGAAGGCCGUGAUUCAUUUUAUAAACUCUUCUAAAGGCUUUGUAGAAAAAGUUAUCUACGAAUGUUUUCCGUAGCUGUUAAUCUGUUUCAUAAAGUUAAUAUAUUCAUUUUAGUUUCAUGCAUGUUAAUUUAAACUUGUAAUAAGAACUUAAGCGAAAUAUAAUGCUUC